AUGAAACCAAUAACAAAUAAGUUGUUGGAACAGGGAUUGAGUAAAGAUGGCAAGAUAGUGCGAAUAGAGAAUACAAAGAUUAAGCAGGCAGUGUGUCCCGCGUUCAUUCGUUCUCUUCAGCCACUGCAGGCAUUGAACGCGUUGGUCAUCAAGAACUGUCGACUCAAAGUGCUGCCGCCCGACAUAUCGGAGCUCGUAUGGCUGCGUCGUCUGGUGGUCGACGACAACAAGCUGACAGAGGUGCCGAACCUCGAGCGAAUGGACGCGCUCGAGGAGCUGGUGCUGAGCGGCAACGAGGUGACGCGCUUCCAGGUGUCCAUCACAAAGCUGCCGUCGCUGCGCCUGCUCGACCUCUCGUACAAUCAGCUGGGCACGAUCCCCGUGCGUCUAUUCAGCAUGCGCAACCUCACCGAGCUCCGGCUCGACUCUAAUCAGUUCAGCAACUUCCCUGCGCAUCUCUGCGAGCUCGAAUCGCUGACGUCGCUGUCGUUCGCAGACAAUCAACUACGCGCAUUAUCCGAGUCGAUUGGCAACAUCAAGUCGCUGACGCGACUGGUGGUGGCGGGCAACGCGCUGGAGCACCUGCCCGCCGAACUGGCACAGCUGACGCGCCUCACCUAUCUCGACGUGUCCAGCAACAACAUCAAGCAGCUGCCAUCUGGCAUUGGCGCGCUCACACAACUUCAGCACCUGUACGUGCAGCACAACAAGCUGCGCGCGCUACCCGACGAGAUCAGCUGCUGCCGCGAGCUGGUGGCCAUGCGCCUCAAUAACAAUCAGCUGACGUACCUGCCUACGGCCAUCGGGCAGCUCAAGCAGCUGGGCGAGCUGUACGCACACGAGAACAAGCUGAUGACGUUGCCCACCGAGAUCGAGGGCUGCAAAGCGCUGAGGAAGCUGUUCCUCGAGUUCAACAAACUCACCCUACUGCCUCGCCAGCUCGACCAGCUGCCGCAGCUCAACCUUUUGACGCUCCACGACAAUGCGCUGGCUGAGCUGCCAGAGUUCCUGCACCUGGACUUCUUGCAGCACAUCGUGCGACUGACAAUGCACAACAAUAUGUUCUUUGACACGAUCGUCUCGGACAUCCAGCAGCAGGUCGGCGCGCCCCCUCCACACGACGCACUCCAUGUACUAUACCAACACUUUAAUCAAUUGGCGGGCAGCACCAACUCGAUGGGCAACUCGUUUGACUCGAUCAAGUCGUCGGGGGAGCACGAGGACAAGCUAUCCCCUCUACCCUCGUCCGGUUCGCACUUUCUCACCGUCAAUGGCUCCUCGCCACUCUCCUCGCCAGUCAAAUCUGGCAAGAAGGGCGUAAUGUCCAGCGGCGCAAAGCCGCCACUCCAUCUCAAUGGCAUCAACAACGUCAACAACAGGGCAUCUCCGACGACCGUGCUCAACAACUCAAAGGACUAUUCGUCCGAGGAUGACAGCGACAGCGACCCCGUGGGCUCGCUGCAUUCAAACAGGCGACUCUCAAUAUCACCGCGCACCAGCGUCAGUCUGUCCAGCUCGAUGGACCAGACUUCCUCGCUGGCAAUGCUGGCCUCCACCCCCGCUGGCUCAUCUUACCUGCAGCAAACGCAACCGGCACAGAGCAAUGCGUCCACCGGCCUCAAUCUCGUGCAGAUGAUAAGGCCUCGUCGUGGCAGCAGUAGCAGUAGCAUCAGUUUCUUGACCAAUCCAGAUGGCACCAGCUCGCCCACGUCGCAACAGGGCUCGCCAAUGAUGGGCACGCCACCCAACCUCAACCUGACGCGGUCCUCCUCGUCGUUGCUCAGUCUACUCAAUAGACGUCGUUCGUUGGGCCACUCAUCACCACCUCCCUCGCCACAGUACCGCAACUUCCAGACACUGUUUGAAGCAUUACUCGACGAGUUGGACUACUCCAAGCAGCGCAGAUACGACCUGAUCAACCUGACCACAGAGGACAAGUGGACAUUCCUUCAGAGGCUCAAGCCAGACUGCACAACAACCUUGGUCAGCAAUGGCGUCUACCAGUCUGCGCCACUGAGUAGCUCGGCCAAUGAGCUAAAGACAUUGUUGUCGUCGCCUCCAAAGUUGAAUGGAUCGCAACAAUCAAUGUCGUCGUCGUCGGGAUACACUGCCGCCACACCGAGGACUCUCAAGACGCCAAAGAGUCCGAGAGUAUACGCCAAGGUGUUGUCCACACAUCAGCUACAAACAUUGGACGACGUGAUCAAACUGCGACAACAUCUCUCCGAGCGAUCCAUCUCAUGGGUGAUCAACUUCUCCGAGAGUGCUGGUAUCGUUGCCCUCAUCAACCUCAUUCAAUCAGUGUUGUCCAAGGAAAGCAAAUCUGAUGAGGACCACUCGAUUAUCAAUGAAUGCCUGUCGUGUAUGAAGGUUUUGAUUGAGUUGGACAUGCAGGCGAUAUUGUUGACAGAUGCAGCCGACUCGAUCGUGCCACUGAUCAUCUUACCUAACCUCUCGGUGAAGCGCGUGACUUUCGAGGUGUUGGAUAUGUUCUGCAGGAACUUUACGAUUGGCCCAGCCAUCACACUGGCCGCCAUCCGCCAAUUUGCCAAGCGCAGCGAUAUGACGAUGCAAAAGGCACUCGACCUCGUGAUGACCCCGCUCAAGGGCGAGUUUGCAGCUGACCUCAAGGUCAACUGCAUGUCGCUCAUCAAUCAUCUGAUCCGCGGCUGCAAGGAGCUGGCCGCGAGGAAUGCUGUGCGCCAGGAGUUUGUGCACGGCGGCAUCCAACAUACAAUCAAAUCACUGCGCAUCGAUGGCGAGGGCAACGAAACCUCGUCGUGGAAGAGACUCGAGAACGAGAUGUGUCAGUUCGAGCUGCAGCUGGCCGAGGAUGAGAGCGCAACAACGACCGCACUAGGUCGCUCUCCAAGUUGGUCGAUCGGAGGAGGCGGUGAUGUUGGCGGUGACGAGUCAUCGUCGAGCGCAACACAGCAACAACUGAUUCAGCAGCAAAUAAUGGCGACACAAAUGGAGCAACGUCUGCCCGUGAUGAUAUCCUGCAGUCCUGAUGAGGGCUCAGCGCCACUGCCCGUUGGUGAGGUUCUGGUCACGGUGACCAAGAGCUCGCAAGCUGGCGAUGUGGUGCGCACGAUCCUCAACACCAACCCAAAUCUGAGGGAGUAUGGCGAGUGGGGACUGUUUGUCCGCGAUGCAUCCAACAACAGCGCACCUGGAACCUUUGUCAAGGACGACGAUUGUGUUUCCGAGGUGGCGGCCCGUGCCGCCCUGGCAAGCCCAGAGUACUCGUUGAAGAUGGUGCCAUGGCGAGUGCGCGUGUGCCUUGAUCGCGUCAAGGACAUGGGCGUCUCUGGCGAUGCAGUGUUUGUUGGUGCGACAAUCAUUGUCGAGGAGCCAAUGGACCCGUCGUUGACCUGCGCCGGUAUGGUCGAUCACCUUGUCAAGCGAUACCUUCCCAACGUUGGCGAUCAGUACUGUCUGGACAGCGAUGACUUUGGACUCUAUCUGGACAGCUUUGGAUUUGGUACGGGAGGUUACUGGCUCGAGCCACUGGAGAAGCUGCAGGUGAACCGCGAGGUGCUCAGAGACCCCAAGUGCGCAGUCGCCCUGCGUCUGCGACCCAAGCAUGUCAAGCUAAAGUUUGCCGACGACUCGUUCGAGCAGCUGCGUCUGGACCUGAUGCUGCCCACCGAGAAGAUCUUUAGCGAGAUCUCUGAGAAGGUCGUGGAUCCAUCAAACAGCAUCAACUUGGCCAACUAUGGAAUCUUUGUCGAUCGCCAGGACAGUCUGGACUCAUCGGCCAAUGGCCACGACAAGAAGAAGAUCGAGUGGAUUCAGCCCGGACUGCCACUCUACCACUAUCGCAUCAGCAAUCGUGUGUGUCUUCGCUUCGCCGUGCGACCAUCCAGCGUCACACUCAUGAUCGACGCGUCGCUGUUCCCAUCAUCAACAUCCACAGGCGCUCCCAACUCUACCAAUCAGACAUCCACAACCUCCACCACUCAGACAUCAGAGACCCACCCUGCAGUGGACAUCGUGUCCAAGGCAACUGCCUCAAACAUUGACGUUGUGGCCAGUCUGAUGCAGACCGUUGCCCAACCCAUUGAGACUGUUAGCGUUUCGGUGCAGAUCCCCCUGCAUCUGCCACUGCAAGAGUCCCUGGACACGGAGGAGAGUUGGCUCGAGUGCAACAUCGAUCAGGCAAAAUGCCGCUUCCACAUCGACUCGUUCGACGGCCCCGUCAUCAACCAACAUCAGCCGCUCAACAGCCAGUACUUCACUCAGUCCAAGCGCAUCUUUGUCGAGCUGGCCGACGAGGCGAACCUGGCCAUGCCCGACGACGUCCUUCACAACGCGACCAACAUUUGGGAGGAGGUGAGUGACCGCACCACGGUCAUCUACGACGUCGACCAGGUGACGUUCAAGAUCACCAACAUCAUUCGUGCGGCCACACUCAACAAGCUGGUGGAGAUGUCUACGACCAACAUUGACAAUGAUCGCGACACCAUGAACAUCCUGCUCAUGACCUAUAUGUCGUUCACGACAUCCGACAUGCUUCUCGAGAAGCUGAUUGAGCGCUACAACGUGCCCGGUCGCAUCGAUGACAAGACCAAGAACGUCAUACAGCUGCACGUCAUUGUGUUUAUCAAGAACUGGUUGGAGCAGCAGACACCACAGGCAGCCAGCGGCGGUGGCCUGGAGGAGCGAUUCUUGGAGCGAAUCAAUCAGUUUAUUGAGCGACUCAAGUCUGACGGCUACUCAAACAUGGUGCCACAGCUCAAGCGUCUGGUGGACACUGGAAUCAAGGAGAAGCGUGCCUACGCCAUGCCCGAGGUUGCGCGCAUCAACACAUCACUGCGGACCAUCCCUUCGAUCACGACGCUCCUGGACGAUGAGAUGUUUGUCGCACAGCAGCUAACAUUGCGCGAGUUUGAGACGUUCAAGCGCAUCCAACCAAUCGAGUUUAUGAACCAAGCAUGGAACAGACCCAAACUGCAGUACAAGGCCAUCAACCUACUCAAGAUGAUCGAUCGCUUCAAUCGCAUGUCCAACACCAUCUCCACGUCCAUCCUGGCGCAGCCCAAGUUGAAGCAUCGUGUGCGCCUGCUGAGCAACUACAUCAAGAUUGCGCUGCAUCUGCGCGAGCUGAACAACUUCCACCUGCUCACGGCAUUCCUGUCGGGCAUUCGCAACAGCUCGGUACUGCGUCUGCGACUGACAUGGAGCAAGAUAUCCAAGAAACACAAGCAGUCACUGGAGGACAUGGAGAAGAUGAUGUCGAUGGAGGGUUCGUUCAAGACGUUCCGCAGCAUGAUCAAGGAGCUGAUUCCACCCUGCAUACCAUACCUUGGUGUGUACCUGAAGGAUCUGACCUUCAUUGAGGAUGGCAACAAUGAUCGCAUGGAUGGCGGACUGAUCAAUUGGGCCAAGAAGAAGUUGGUCUACAACAUCAUAUCGAUUAUACAAGGCUGCCAGGACAUACCCUAUGACUUUGGACCAUCAUCCACCAAGGGAGAGAUAGUAUUGGCCGCAUUCGAUUCGUUGCCAAGUGCCAACGAUGAGGUGCUCUAUCAAAUGUCUUUACAGAUUGAGCCAAAGACAAACUCAUAA